AUGCUCCACGCAAAGUUGAAGCAAGAACAGGAACCUCCUCCUCCCCCUCCCUCCCCCUCCUCCUCCUGCUCCUCCUCCUCCUCCUCCUCCUCCUCCUCCUCCUCCCCACCUUGGGUCAGUGCCAAGACAGUAAAGAAGACCGGAGGCAGGUAAAGGGCGCAGGUGGAUAGCACGGUGGAGCCAGCGUCUUGGCGUUCCACGCCACAUUUUCUGAUCCACACAGCAAACGACCAGGAUUUUAACCAGCAAUAACAGCAGAAGAGGGACGGCAAAAGUCAAUGCGCGAGAAGUCUGCGGACCACUGGGUCUGUCAUCGCACCAUUUGUUAUGGUGCGCGUUCCGAUAACGCCUGCCAGAAUCCGUUAUGGCCGCCGUGUUGGUCCAGCGCAUCUAGAGUGUGGCGCGUUUUGGGGGCACACACAGCAUUCGUGGCCUUACGAAGAACUCAGAAAUAAACAGUUGACAUAUUUAAACGCAAAACGGGAAUGGCGGAAGACAGGAUAUUCUGAACUGGAACCAAAGGACUAUUUUGACUUCAGAAAUAAUUAGGGACAGUUUUUCUGAGUCUCAUUUUUUACCUUUACUCAUUCAUUGGCUGUGCAAACAGAACAGUUACGACCUCCCUCAGGCGGUUUCAAAAUAGGUGCCUCUUUUGAAAUGAUGAGGGAUGGAAGGAUGUCCUAGCUGGCCCGUCAUCGAUUUUGACGACUGCAUUGCGUCAUAGGUUGACAAUGCUGGACCUCCCAUAAUUGCACAUCAGCGAUUGGAGGAAUAAGCAACGCUGCUCCGUUUAAUCUGCUCAUGUAAAUGAGCCAUGGAUUUCAGUACACCACUGGGUACUUGGACCCAACUCCUACCAUGCGGCCGCGGUCUGUGAUGUGCUCCGAAAGGGACAAUCGGUUGGUUGGAUUGGCAGUCGCACUCAGCGGCCAGGUAAUUCUGUACGAGCUGGUGAAGUACCCUCCCCUGUGGUUCCCAAAUGCCACACAGACUGCAGUAGCUGUCUCCCCUGAACGCUUAAAUUAGUAAACAAAGUUACUGUGCAGUAGCUGUCUCUAAGUAAAGACGUUUUCGACCAGUUAGGUAGAGUCAGGCUUGUCGUGGCAAGCGUAAACUUCGGUCUUAUGUCCUGUCGCCCGCUGGAGAAAAACCCAUCUUUUCUCACCUUGGUCUGGUUGUGCUGUUGGACGACAGUGCAAUUUGGGUGGAAGAGGGGAGAGAAAGGUAGGCUGACUUCCAGAAAGCCUUUCGCACCGUAAUCUAAUUUGUGCCUCAUUUCCAAUUCACCAAGUUUGGGCUGGAAAUCGUUGUGUUCCUCGGCCAAGAGCGCAACUCUUCAUUUGCCGUCGGUCCAUUCACCCAGGCAUGUGCUAUCACAAUUAUCGAUCCGCACAUAUGUCUGCAGGAGGAAAAAAUGCGGUUUAUGUGACUGUCUUACCGAUGCUGUUCCAAUCCGACUACUUUCUUCCGUUUGGUCAUCAGAAAAAACAGUGGUGAAUGGCCCAACAUUACGGGCAUUUUUUCGUUCGCGAUGAUUUGAAUUCUAUAGCUCCUGAGCUAGAGGCACAGACUAUGGGCUGUGAUCGAAAUAUUUACACUAAAAAUAUUCGCAGAUAUGUUCUGUUUGAACGGAUUGCGCCCGCUCGUCCGGCAUCGUCCCAGUCACCCGCCUUCUUCUUCUUCUUCUUCUUCUUCUUCUUCUUCUUCUUCUUCCUCUUCUUCUUCUUCCUCUUCUUCAUCUUCUUCUCCCCUCUCCUCUCCCUCCAUUUCUUCUUUGAAAAGUGUGAGAACCAUUUUUUGGCGUCGAAAUCACACUCAUCAGUGACAGUGAGGCCACAGCUUGGGUAG